GAAUUAGAAGCCAUGAAGGUGCGUGUUCAGGAGAUGGAGGAUGAAGCUGCCAAACUGCGUUCAAUGCAGGCAGAGGUAGAGAAGACCAUGUCAACUGAAGAAGUUGACAGAGAAGCAGUUGAUUCUCGUUCAGUUUACGUUGGCAACGUUGAUUAUGGAGCAACACCUGAAGAGCUACAGGCCCAUUUCCAGUCGUGCGGAACAAUCAACAGAGUAACAAUCUUGUGUGAUAAGUUUACCGGCCAUCCCAAGGGAUUCGCAUACAUCGAAUUUGCUGAGCCUUCUUUUAUCGAUGCUGCUGUUGCAUUGAGCGAGAGUUUGUUCCGUGGUCGUUUGUUAAAGGUCUCUGCUAAGCGUACAAACGUCCCUGGAUUCUCACACCGUGGUGGCCGUGGAAGAGGUGGUUUCCGCGGUGGUUUCCGUGGCGGUAUGGCUCCUUACUAUGGUCAUUCUCCAAUGCACGGUUACCGUGGACGUGGCAGGUAA